AUGGCUUCCCAGAAGAAGGCGACCCGUGACUACUACGAGACACCUAACCCAGAUGUCCCGACUAUCCCGGAUAAUGCAAACAAGAAAAAGUACUACAAUCACCCCGAGCUAGUCUGGUACUGUCGUAAAGGCGGUAUCACCCUCUCUCCCCAGCAAAAGAUACGCCAUGCAGUGUCUCACUUUGAGAAGGUCAAAGACGGACAGACCGGUGAUAUCUACGACGUUCCAGUUGAACGUAUUCGUGCUCGAUGGGUCACGGCAUGA